CACGCGCCUCGUUGCACUCAGAGCUACUCAGCAUGGCCGCACGUGCAUCCCUCGGAAUCGCAGACAUCGCCCACAGGGUCACCGUCUCUGGCCUCGCCGCCCUCUCGGUCUACGGCCUGUACGGCAUGUGGGCGACCCACACGGCCACGAUGAAGGCCUCCGAAGAGGCCUACAAGGCCCACCUCCUCGAGGAGGCCAACAAGACCAAGCUCGCGUCCGACCCGCUCCUCGAGGGCUUUGUCGACCCGCCCCCGACCCGACCGUCCUGAGCGGCGCCCUCUCGUCACCCUGGCUCUCUCUCUCGAACCUCUCGCUCGUUCCCUCUUGUCUAUGUAGCCCUCGCUCGCAAUGCAUCGUUCCUCGACCGUC